AUCCCGGGUCUGGAUUCUUCGUUCGGGAGCGCUAGACAAGGCUGAACACGAAUGCAGCCAUAUUCGGCUCCACAGAGAAGCACACCGGCUAGCGCAGGUUUACACGCAAGGAUUCGCCUACUUAGAAAAAGCACCCAUUCCCGGUUUUUGGGGGGCGUGUUUAUGUAGGUUAAAGGUGUGUGUAGUUCUUCGUUAGGGAGUUUAUCAUUGAAGAUUUCCAGUUGAUGAGCGUCCGGUCAUCCUGAGAUUCGACGGGAGAAAAGCCCGACACAUCCCGCAAAGUGGAACUACAGAUUUGUCCGGAUUAAGGCAAAUGGAGCCGACAGGGCCUCGGGAGUGAGGAGGGGGGUGGAAACGCUGGAAAGCAGCGGAAAACAACCGGGUUAGGCGCAUUAGGGCUUCGUUUAUCUAAGCACAAUGUUAGGCACAUUUUGCUAGCUGGAUGGCUGGCUAGCUGUUGGAGUCUGGAACUUCAGAGCUCCACACAUAUCAGCCAGAUAAAUACUAUUUGUAUAUAUUUAUAACGCUCAUCCUCGGUAUAUUAAUCUCAACAAGAGUUGUUUUAUCCUUUCUGGCUGUGGGAGUGGUAGCCAGGCCGCUAAACUGGUAGAAAAUGUCUGCGAAGGUGCGCCUGAAGAAGUUGGAGCAGUUGCUGCUGGAUGGCCAUCAGAAAAACGACAGGUCAUUGAGUGUGGAGACACUGCUGGAUAUUCUCAUAUGUUUAUACAACGAGUGCAGCAACUCGCCCUUAAAACGGGAAAAACAUGUGACGGACUUUUUGGAAUGGGUGAAGCCGUUCACAACCACCGUGAAGGAGAUGCGGCUUCACAGAGAUGACUUCGAGAUGCUCAAAGUGAUUGGCAGGGGAGCCUUUGGAGAGGUUGCAGUGGUGAAGAUGAAACACACCGAGCGUGUUUACGCCAUGAAGAUCCUGAACAAGUGGGAAAUGCUGAAGAGGGCCGAGACGGCUUGUUUCCGAGAAGAGAGGAACGUCCUGGUGAAUGGAGACUGCCAGUGGAUCACCACUCUGCAUUACGCUUUCCAGGAUGACAACUACCUGUACUUGGUGAUGGAUUAUUAUGUGGGAGGCGACCUGCUGACUUUGCUUAGUAAAUUUGAGGACCGACUCCCGGAGGACAUGGCCAAGUUCUAUGUGGCAGAGAUGGUGCUCGCUAUCCACUCCAUCCAUCAGCAACGCUACGUACACAGGGACAUAAAACCAGACAAUGUGCUACUGGACAUGAACGGUCACAUCCGUCUGGCUGACUUCGGCUCCUGCCUGAAGAUGAUGCAAGACGGCACGGUCCGGUCAUCAGUGGCUGUGGGCACCCCGGACUACAUCUCCCCUGAGAUCCUGCAGGCCAUGGAAGACGGCAUGGGGAAGUACGGGCUGGAGUGUGACUGGUGGUCUCUUGGCGUCUGCAUGUAUGAGAUGCUCUACGGCGAGACGCCCUUCUACGCUGAAUCCUUGGUGGAGACCUACGGGAAGAUCAUGAACCACGAGGAGCGGUUCCAGUUCCCCUCUCACAUCACGGAUGUGUCCGAGGAGGCUAAAGAUCUGAUCCAGCGUCUGAUCUGCAGUAGAGAGAGUCGGUUGGGUCAGCAUGGCAUCGAGGAGUUCAAGAAGCACCCCUUCUUCUCCAGCAUCGACUGGGAGAACAUUCGCAACACAGAGGCACCGUACAUCCCUGACGUCAGCUCACCCUCAGACACCUCCAACUUUGAUGUAGAUGAUGAUGUGCUAAAAAACCCGGACAUCGCUCCCCCAGUAUCUCACACGGGUUUCACCGGGCAGCACUUGCCCUUUGUGGGCUUCACCUACACCACAGAGAGCUGUUUCUCAGACCGUGGCAGCGUGAGGAGGGUGGCGCUGGCGGAUGGAGGUGCUGGGGAGGAUCUCCAGGAUGGAGGUCUGCCGGUGGAAGCCUUUGAGAAGAGGAUUCUCUGUCUGGAGCAGGAGAAACAGGAGCUCAACCGCAAGCUGCAGGAGUCCACUCAGGCUGUUCAGUCCCUCCAUGGCUCUGGGCGUGGGGCCGGCACGCUUGGUCGUGAUAAAGAGAUUAAAAAACUCAAUGAGGAAAUCGAUCGGCUAAAAAAGAAACUGGCAGACUCUGAUAGGCUGGAGCACCAGCUCGAGGAGGCAGUGACUCUUCGACAGGACUUUGAAAGUUCCUCCAGCAAACUAAAAGCCCUGGACAAGCAAGUUAAAGCUCUCAAGCAGGAGAAAGAGGAUAUCCAUAAGCAACUGGUGGAGUCUCUGGAUCGCCUGAAGUCUCAGACCAAGGAGCUGAAGGACGCCAACCAGCAGAGGAAGCUGGCCAUGCAGGAGUUUUCGGAGCUGAACGAGCGCAUGGCCGAGCUGCGCUCACAGAAACAGCGUCUGUCGAGACAGCUGCGGGACAAGGAGGAGGAGAUGGAGGUGGUGAUGCAGAAGAUCGACGCCAUGCGCCAGGACAUCCGCAAAACCGAGAAGGCCCACAAGGAGCUGGAGUCUCAGCUGCAGGAUGCGCGUGCUGAAGCCUCUAAGGAGCGCAAGCUCAGAGAGCACAGUGAAGUCUACUCUAAACAACUGGAGAGUGAGCUGGAGACGCUCAAGGUCAAGCAGGGAACGGGUCGUGCCUCGGGUCCCAGUUCAGAGACUCAGCAGGAGCUCACCAAGUUGAAGUCAGAGCUGGAUAAGAAGGUGCUCUUCUAUGAGGAGGAGCUGGUGAGACGUGAUGCCAGCCACACUACAGACCUGAAGAACAUGAGGAAGGAGCUCCACGACUCUGAGGGUCAACAGCUGUCACUGCACAAAGAGCUACUGGUGCUCAAAGACAAACUGGAAAAGGCCAAGAGAGAGCGACAAACCGAGAUGGAUGAGGCCAUGGGUGCUCUGAAGGAGAAGUAUGAACGUGAACGCCACCUUCUGAGUGAGGAAAACCGUAAACUCACUGCAGAAACAGACAGGCUCUGCAACUUUGUGGACAAGCUGACGGCUCAGAACAGGCAGCUGGAGGACGAGCUCCAGGAUCUGGGUUCGAAGAAAGAGAGUGUAGCACAUUGGGAAGCACAGAUCGCUGAGAUUAUCCAAUGGGUGAGCGAUGAGAAAGAUGCACGUGGCUACCUUCAGGCUCUGGCCUCCAAGAUGACGGAAGAAUUGGAGUCUCUGCGUAGCUCUAGUCUGGGAUCCAGAACGCUGGAUCCUUUGUGGAAGGUGCGACGCAGUCAAAAAUUGGACAUGUCUGCCCGUCUGGAGCUGCAGUCGGCCUUGGAAGCUGAAAUCCGUGCCAAGCAACUGGUUCAGGACGAGAUGCGCAAGGUCAAAGCAGCCAACAUCUCUUUCGAGGGCAAACUGAAGGAUACAGAGGCCAAGAACAAAGAGUUGGAGGAACAGCUCGAGAAUAUGAAGGAGAUGGAGGAGAGACGCUCACGAUCAGACAAAGGCCUGAAACUGACAGACUUCCAGGACUCCAUCUUUGAGUACUUCAAUACCUCUCCCCUCGCCCAUGACCUGACAUUCAGAGACUCUGUCUUCUCCUCAUCCGCAUCUUCUCUGCUUGCAUUUUGGGAUGAAACAAGCUCCGUUGGUGAUGUGGACGCCACACCCCAGAAGACGGACAUCCCCACUUCCUCCCCAUCAAUGGCUUCAGAACAGGAUGAACCAGUCAAGUUUCAAGCGACCACUCCUGUUGCCCCUUCUCCAAUCUAUCAGCCCACACUCAGCGUGCCAAAGCCUAAAGCUCAUCAGCUAAGCAUUAAGACUUUCUCCAGCCCAACCCAGUGCACUCACUGUACCUCCCUGAUGGUGGGCCAGAUCCGGCAGGGUUAUGCCUGUGAGGUAUGCUCUUUCAUCUGUCACGUGUCCUGUAAAGACAACGCGCCCCAGGUUUGCCCCAUUCCUCUAGAGCAGGCCAAGAGGCCUCUGGGUAUUGAUGUGCAGAGGGGCAUUGGCACAGCUUACAAAGGUUUUGUCAGGAUCCCGAAGCCCACAGGAGUGAAGAAGGGCUGGCAGAGGACAUAUGCUGUAGUGUGUGACUGUAAGCUCUUCCUCUAUGAGGUGCCAGAAGGGAAGUCCACUCAGCCUGGUAUGAUGGCCAGUCAGGUCCUUGACUUGAGUCAGGAUUAGUCACAUUCUCAAAUCAUAUAUAUAUACGUGAUCCAUGCCAGUCGUAAAGACAUUCCCUGCAUAUUUAGGGUAACGUCAUCCGCUUCGAACUCUCCAGUCCGGCCGGUGCCUCUGCUGGUGUUAGCUGAGAGUGAGGUGGAGAAGAGGAAGUGGGUGGGCAUCCUAGAGGGCCUGCAGAACAUCCUGGCCAAGAACCGCUUGAAGAACCGUGUGGUGCAUGUCCUGCACGAGGCCUAUGACAGCAGCCUGCCUGCCAUCAAAACGACACUCUCUGCUGCUAUCGUAGAUCGAGAACGAAUUGCGUUGGGGACAGAAGAUGGCCUGUUUGUAGUCGAGAUCACCAGAGAUGUCAUUGUUCGUGCUGCUGACUGUAAAAGAAUCUGCCAGAUUGAGCUCAUGCCCAAAGAGAAGAUGGUGGCUCUGCUUUCAGGCCGUAACCGCCAUGUCCAUUUAUACCCCUGGGCGGCACUGGAGGGUGCGGAUGUUAAUUGCGAGGCCAAGUUGACGGAGACAAAAGGCUGCCAGGCUAUGACCAUAGGUACCCUACGCCCUGGUGGCCCAGCGUGUCUCCUAGCAGGUGUGAAGCGCCAGGUCAUCUGCUACGAAAUCACUCGCGUAAAGCCCCAUCACCGUAAGCUGUGGGAGGUGCAGGCACCUGGUAUUGCCCAGUGGCUGGGUAUUAUUCGUGAUCGGCUGUGCGUGGGUUACCCGUCAGGCUUCGCUCUGCUGGCCAUGCAGGGAGAGUCGUCACCGGUGAGUCUGGUGAGCCCGGCAGACCCCUCACUAGCCUUUUUGGCCCAGCAGCCCCUGGACGCGCUGCACGCUAUGGAGGUGGGGGGCAAUGAACUGCUGCUGUGCUUCAGUCAGCUGGGAGUGUACGUGGACGCGACUGGACGACGCUCUCGAACGCAGGAGCUGAUGUGGCCUGCCACACCGCUUGCCUGCAGUUCAAACUCGAACUACCUGACAGUGUACAGUGAUUAUGGAGUAGACGUGUUUGAUGUCCACACCACAGAAUGGGUCCAGACCAUCUCAUUAAGAGGAAUUCGGCCCCUGAAUGUGGAGGGCAGUCUGAACCUGUUUGGCUCUGAGCAGCCCCACCUCAUCUACUUCAGCAACAACUCCUCAGGUGGCUGUGAUCUGGCCAUCCCUGAGACCUCAGACAACAGCAAGAAGCUGAUGGUGAGGACACGCAGCAAGAGGAAGUUCCUUUUUAAAGUACCAGAGGAGGAGCGGCUGCAGCAGAGAAGGGAGAUGCUGAGGGAUCCUGAAAUGAGAUCCAAGCUGAUCUCCAACCCCACCAACUUCAACCACGUUGCUCACAUGGGGCCAGGCGACGGCAUGCAGGUCCUCAUGGAUCUGCCUCUGAGUGUGAUGCCCUCUUCUCAGGACGACCUGUCUAAAGACAAGCCACGGCCUCUGUCCAGCAUCUCACGGCAACAGAGGAGUAAGACCCACAUCACCCGCACUGCCUCAGGAGGGGGAGAUUUUGGAGGAGCAGGGUCAUCUCGCAGUAUUUCUGAUCAAGAUCAAGACUUUGAGAGAGAGCCCGACUCUGACUCGACCAAACAUUCCACCCCCUCCAACAGCUCCAACCCCAGCAGCCCCCCGAGCCCCAACUCUCCCCACCGCAGUCGGCUCACCCUGGACAGCCUGGAUCAAUCCCUGGAUGGCUGAAAAUGGGCAACUCCCUUUUUUUGUUUUUUGCCCCGCACACACCCUAGACACACCCUCCCGUAUCCAUCCGCUCUGCUAGGACUCACUAAGAAGUGCCAAGACUCUUACAAAAAGUCACCUGCUCAUCCACCACAAGGGCCAAAGGUUUACCCCAAAUCCUGCUGCAGGGUAGAUGCCUCAAUAGCCACAAGAGCAGUGUGCUGGGUGUGUGCUGACAGGCAUAGGCGAAGCCACCAAAAGAAAAAAGUCUGCCCCCUGGUGGAAAUGUCGUGGUAUUACACUAACCGGGUCAGAUUAGCAGUAUGAUGGACUUUUAUUUUAUUUGAACUCUUAAUUUCAUGCCAUGCUCCUGCAAGUUUUUUUUAUUAUUAUUAUUUGCUUUAGUAAAUGAACAUGCAUUACAUCUGCUGUGUCAGAAUUGCUUCUGGAUUCUUAGCUUCCCUUCAAAGUACUGAAUUGAGGGGAAAGAGACUUCUUAUGCUGUUUUUAAAUGUAUAUUAUCAGGAACACUCAUCAAGGGGGCCGAAGAGAGGAGCGUAUCGGGAAGAAAGAAACCGAGGAUGAUAUAGGACUGUGACGUUCUUGCAUAAACCAAUUGGACCAGUAACAUGAUUCGUCACGGACCGGUGAAAAUGUCUCAUAUGAGCAGUAGAUCGGUGACAGAGACUUUGAGGGUUUAAAGCCAAACCAGAGGGCACUUUUAUUAUUAUAUCAUUUCUCUUUCUCUCUCCAGUUCUGCAUUUAAACCAGCCUUUAUAAUAUUCAUGUUUUAACUCGAUGUUUCCCACAAAGAUAUCUAGUUCAGCUUCUCACCUGGAGAAAAAAAGAAAGCAACAAAAAGGAAGACUUUACAUAUAGAUAAGUGUUUUAAUAAAAAUACAAAGGAGAACAGCACACAGCUACAACUAUUCAUAGGAUUUCAGUAGUUCCUCUUAAGCUGCUACUGCUGCUUUGUGUGCUCUAUUUAAUAAUAAAAGUGAAAAAAUAUAUAUGUGAUGAGGUUAUCUCUCCAUAGCCAUGCUCUCAUUCUGGUUUCUUAUGUGUGACACAUGCGAGCAGCCUUGUGGGACCGUCACUGUUAAAGACUCCUCUAUCAGGACGCUGAUAUGAGUUUGUCUGUUGACAUGCUAAAGAUCCGCAGGCAUGGCCGGCAUAUCCAUUAUCACUCAAGUGUGCCUUCAGUGCCAACUUCCGUUUCCGUAAUAAACUGUCCGCUAAAUCAUUUCGGUGGUUUUGACGAGGCUGACGGUAAUGUAUUAUGUUGUCCCCCUCACCCUUCUGAAACACUGUAAGACACUUGCACACGUUUUUAGUCUAAGGAAAGGAUUUUGUGUGAAUGGUUUUUCCUGUACCUCCUGUUUCUCCCCAUACUUCACUCGUCCGCUUCUUCAGAUGGAAGUUUAUCCUCAGAACACUACUGCUUUUACUUUAAAAGAAAAAAAAAAAAGAAUCACAGGUUGAAAUCUUUGUAAUUAUUGACUUGUUAGCCACAUAAAUUUGAACAAACAAUAAAAGAGUACCUGUUGUGCUUUUUUGUUGA